AUGUCUCACCUCGUACAUAUCCUGUCCGACGAUAAGGAAUUUGAUCCCGUUUUCCUGCAGCAUCUCCAAGAACAAGGCUUCAACACAAUUUACACCCCCUUCACAGGAAACGUCAAUGACUUCAAUUAUGCAGUCAAGCACUUAGCAGACGACCUCGAACAAGGCCAUAAAUACGCCAUCAUAGCCUUCGGGGACGCAGCGAAACACACUCUCUCUGUGGCACAACAAUCCGCCCUUCCCCACUCUUCAAUGUCGCUACUCUGCCAUCUUGCUUCUAUUCAGCCAUUCGGUACUGCAUCAUCCAAGACGUAUGUGUAUCCGGACACCUGUCCUGGCUUUGCAGAGAGCGAUUUGGAAGAGUACGAUAAGUUUGCUGCCGGCCUAAGUUGGGGGAGGACGUUGACGUAUCUGAGGAGGGGGUUUGGAAUGAUCGUUGAUUUGGAAGAUCUCGUGGACGAGUACAACAGACACAAAUUCAAAGCAAAGUUCGAUGUUUCCAUAUCGAGUGAACUACCCUGCGUCAAUCAUGGGCCGAAGCUACCCUCGGCAGGUGGCAUUGACAGAGAAGAGCUUGAUCUUUUCUAUGGUGAGGUCGACAGAUGCGACAACCUUCCUAGUCUGGAGAUGCGUCUUCUCAGCCGCACUGUUGGCGCGGACAGAGUGGUGGACGAGAUGAUGAUAUCGUUCGGACAUACACAGGAGAUAGCUUGGCUGUUGCCAAAGGUACCACCGACAAACAAGUCGGUGGAAGUGCCUAUCGUGUCCAUCGUGAGCGGCCGUGGCGGCAGGUUAUACCAAGAGCAGCUUUAUUGGGACCAAGCGAGCGUACUUGUUCAGAUUGGCUUGCUUGACCCCACACUGGUGCCUAGCGAUAUGAGGACGAAAGGGCUCCAGAGACUUCCCAUCACAGGCAAUGACACGGCCUAG